AUGUCCGGCACGGACAGCCCGAGCUGGGCCACGGCCGAGGACCGGCCCGACCUCCAGAGGGCGGGCGGCUGGACGUUCAAGACGGGUCACAUCAACCCAGAGAAGAUGCCCGACCUCAUCAUCCAGUUCGAGGUGAUGCAGGCACACGUCGGCUUCCCGACGCUCAUCGGGUUCAUCCAGCUGCCCGUCACCAGCCGGAACUUCCUCACCAAUCCAGACGAGUGUUUCAAGAACCUGUGGCUGCCGCUCGUCACCAUGAAGACCGUGCGGGACGAGGAGGAUGGUCAGAUCCAGGAAUUCCGCAGGCCUGUUGCGAAUCCGACGGGCGAGAUUCACAUCAUGACUCGCUGGCUGCCCGCCGAGAAAAUGCAGGUCCUGACGGACGGGUCGAUGAAGCAGCAGAUGUCAGUGAGGAGCCACUUCCUGAAGGAGAUCUGGGCGAAGGUGUGCGCUCCCCGCGUGUUCGAACCGAUCUACAACAUGGAGGCCUUGCACCUCAACGGCUACAACCCGAACCUCGUGCCCGAGCAGAAAAGCGACGGCUCGAUCACGUUGCCGGAGACCCUGAAGGACUACUACAUGCGGCACGUCGAGGAGCUGGCCAACACGGUGGAGUACCUGGACUGCCUCGACCGCCGGCAGGUGAACGCGUGGGAGGAGUUCGAGGCCCGCGUGAGCCAGGGGGACCUGGGGCAGCUGCGCCUGGCCGAGCUGCGGCAGCACUGGCACAAGACCCAGGACCUGGACCUGGAGCCGCUGGAGCAGCUGCAGGAGCUCCUCCAGCAGGGCAUCCCGGCGAGCCGGCGGGAGCAGCUCUGGUCGGAGCUCACGCUCGCGAAGUUCGUGUUCGACCAUGAUGACAGGGGCGACGAGGAGGAGCGGCAGGGCGAGGCCAUGUCCGCCCGGUCGGAGAAGGAGUACCAGAGCCUGCUGGACAGGGGCCUCGGGCAGCGCUCGGACGCCAUGACGCAGCUGUCGGAGGACCCGACGUCUACCACCUCGCCUCGACGUGGGACACCUCGGGCUCCACCCGCACGCACUACCAGGAACGACACGCUCAUGCGUCGGCUCAAGAGGGCGCAGAACGUCUGCACGGCGCUGCUGGCCCUCGAGGACGACAGUGGAGUCGUGUACUGCGAGAGCCUCCUCAUCGUCGCGUACUUCCUCCUCCUCCCCCAGGGCAGCCGAGAGGAGAAGGCCCCGGAGGACGUCGUGCACUUCUCGGAGAGCUCCGCCUUCUGGAUCAUCUACACGCUGGUCCAGAAGGCGUACCGCGAGUACUACGGAGUGGGCGUGCCCCCCUCGUCGCCCGACAGGUCUGACAGGCACGAUCCCCUUGACGAGUCUCCGCACGAGCAUCAGCCAGUCCUCGUGUCUGGCAGCGGGGCGCUGCAGGACCUGUCGGUGCUUGAGUGCUGCGUGGCGUACCACAUGAACGACCUGUGGCAGCACAUGGCUGCACUAGGCUUUCAGUAUUCCACUGUCUUCUACGGCGCCUUUAUGCGGCUGUACGCCACGUACAUGCCAACUGCCAGUGUCUUCCGCUUCUGGGACAUCCUUCUCGCGUCGUCAACUGACCCCAGCAUGCAGCCAACCAGCCGUACCUACAUUAUUGAUUUGGCAUUUGGCAUUAUCCGCUCCAAAAGAGAGGCGCUGAUGGCUUGCAAGUCGGCCCUGGAGAUUCGGAACCUGCUCCUUGGCGUCAUGGGGUCGCUGUACGACACCAGCACAGUUGUAGAUAUCACCGUAGUCUCUCACAGAUUCCUCUGGGAGGGGACAAGUGUUCUGGGCAAUUCCAAGGACCCGAUAAGAUUGGUUCUCUGUGGACACGGAAGGAGGACCUGUUCAAGAGCGUGA